AUGGAACUAGCUUGGGAUGGGGGAUUAAAUAAAUCACCUUUAAUAAUCAUCAUCAAAAUAUUAAUAAUUUCUUAUAGAUAUCCAGUCGACACAGAAUAUGGAAGCUCAAAUUUAACAUUUUCAACAAUUCAAAACUAUACUUUUCAAAUAUAUUGGGGAUUAGAAUUAAGUGUGUAUUUAGUUCAAUCAGAGAAUAUUGGUGGUAACAAUGUUUUAAUUAAAGCAUUUGGAAAAUUUAACUUGAAAGCACCACUUGCAAUCAAAGCCACCAGUUUUUGGAAAUUCAAAUUUACAAAUCCAAUUUUAAUUAAUCUUGAUGAUACUGUUACAACUAUUAAUUAUUAUAGUUCUUCAACUUUACUCAUAAGCGGUGUCCAUUUCAAGAUAAAUAAUCAAGAUGUCGAAAUUAGUGCAAACUUUGGACCAAAUCCAUACAAUGUAUCUGCAAUUAUAUCGAACUACCAAUGUCAACAAACAUUGUUAAAUUCUUCAGUAUUAUCAUGUAGAUUACCUUCAAGGUUGGUGGAAAAUGUUAAUUAUAGUUUGUUGGUUUAUGCCAAUGGAUAUAAUCAAACGAUACCUGUUUUCAUUAAACCAAAAGAAGAUUGUGGAUCACAAUCAAACUGCAAUGGUCAUGGAAGUUGUUUCGAUGGAAAGUGUAGAUGUAAUGAUGGAUAUAGUGGAUAUUAUUGUGAAUCACAACUAAGUCCAGGUGUAAUCAUUCUCCCAAACAACACGAUUCCUUCACCAACUGUCAUCGUUAAAGAUGGAAUGAAUUUCACAUUCAACAUCAUUGCAAUUCAAGAGAUAGAUGAGUUAAGUUCAGUGGUAAGAGAAUUGAAAACAAAUAAAUGGACUCAUUCAACAACUGGAAAUGAAACAUUCAGCAUCACAACAUACAGUUUACAAUCAACAACACCAGAAGUCGAUCAAAUCAAUGCAACAAUCGAAUAUUCAAAGAACAGUAGAUUGAUUAACUUUGCAGGACAAUCAACAUUAUAUCCAGAGAAUAGUUUGAAAUUGAUGGUCACAAUCAAUAAUUGGUCAUAUAAAGAUCGAUUAAAUCGAUUGAGACUAUUAAUGGAAUCGAUAUCUUCAAUCAAUGAUAAUGAUGACGGUUGUUCAGAAUUGGAUAUUUCAGUUAACAAUGGAACAGAAGUGAAUUUCUUGCAAAUGACAAUCAACGAUGUAUCGUUUUAUGGUCGAUUCCUUCCAUAUGCGCUGUCAGACGACAAACCAGUCUUCAUUCAAAACCAAGUUGUUAAUCAAACGAAAGAUAGUAUUUUGAUUGGAAUGACACUAUCUUACUGUGAUAGUUGUGUGAUAGAUCCUGAUUUUUCAGUUCUUAUCAACACUGAUGUUAAAAGUGAUUGUAAAGAAAAAUUCUCCACUUGGAAGAUCGUAACCAUUGUUGUUGUGCUUUCUGUUGCUUUACUGGCUGUAGGUGUUAGUGUAUUCGUCUUCUAUAAAAAGAAAAUACAAUAUAGAAAAGAACAGAAAAGAAUGAACAACAAAUUAAAUAAACUAUCAAAUUAA